AUAAUCGAAUCAGAUUUGGCUUAAAGGAAAUUCCUGAAUUAUCGUAGUACUAACGAGGCGAUUUGCCUCCAUCAAACUCCUCAUUUAUCACAAUAUUCUGCUCUAAUGAGGUGGUCGACAUUUUCAUACAAAACAAGUGUAAGCAAACGAUGUAUCAGUAUUUCAAGUAUACGAAAGUUAGGAAAGAAGUGUUGUCAUUGCUUUUACAUUUAGCAUAAAUUGUUGGACAAUGAUUUUCAACGUCACAAAUAGUUUGUAAAGGAUCAGAUAUUUAAGAAUUCAUCAGAGUUUUCAUUCACGUGUAACGAGAUAAAUAAAAAUGUAACGUAAUUGCUGUGUUUACCCGCAUAAUUAGCUCUCUCUGUUUUUCUUUGAAAAAGCGUGUAUCAAAAAAUUCAUAUGAGAGAAUGGCAAUUCGCAUUACACUAGAAUGUGGACAUUCAUCAAUGUUACGUAUGCGUACCACCCCUCAGGGCUAUACUCAUGAUUGGGAAUUAUUUGUGCGGGGUAUUGAUAAUGCAGACAUUCACCACUAUGUUGAAAAAGUGGUUUUUCAAUUACAUCAAACAUUCUCAAAACCAAAGAGGAUCUUAAAAGAACCACCAUUUGUGUUAAAAGAGUCUGGUUAUGCUGGUUUUGAGAUUCCAAUUCAUAUUUACUUAAAAAACAAGGAUGAAGGUAGCAAAAAGAUAGAAAUUUUAUAUGACCUUAACUUACAAUUUAGUGGUCCUGCAAUUACAAAUGUCAUAAGACAUACUGAAAUAAUUAAUAAUCCUUCAGAUGACUUUAGGAGGAAAUUGUUGAAGGGUGGUGGUGUUCUUGUGUCUAAUUCUGAAAAUUCAGUUGAAAAGAACGAAUCUAAAGCAUUAACUAUGGUUGGUAAACCAAAGUUGGGUGGGAGUGAAUCAAAGAAACACAAAAAUAUAGAAUCAAAAACUUCAAGUUCUUUUGCUGAAUUAUUCGGUACACCUCUGAAACCUACAAAAGUUUCUCAGGACACUAAAAAAUCUACACCACAAGAAAAAUCCUCGGCUUCUAAAUCUUUAAUUACCACGGAGAAGUCUGAUAAAGUGGACAAAACAAAGUCUAAGGAUAGUCCUCAUAAAGAUACUAAAAAGGAGAAAGUAGAUGAUAAGAAAGAUAAAAGGAUCAAAGAGCAACCUAAAGAUAAAAAUCGAAGUAAGGAGAAAUUAAAAAGGUCUACUAGUCCUGGAAAUAAAAGUCAUUCUAGCCCUUCUAAUAAAAGGCCGCCAUCACCUCCAUCAGCUGGAAUAAAAAGAGCUUGUAGCCCAUCUCUGCCUCCUGCAAAGAGGUCAAUUUCCCCAAAAUCAAAGGAAAAGGAAGUGAAAAAGGUAACUUUUGAGAAAGAGAAAGAUAAGAGUAAAGAAAAAGACAAGGUAAAAGAUAGUUCUAAAAAUGUUGUCGAUGCUUCUAAGGGUGAAAAAAAGAAGGACAAGAAAAAGCAUAAAGAAGAUCGGGAUAAAGAACGAAAGGAUAAGUAUAAGGAAGGAGAACGGCCUUCCUCAAAAGAAUCUAUAAAAGUAAUCGAGAAGAAGAAUAAAUCAGAGAAAUCCGAGAAAUCCGAGAAAGAGAAGAGUCAAGAGUACAAAUCGGCUAAAGAGGGGAGAAAGUCGCCGAAACCUUCGAAGGAGAGUGAGAAACCAAAGGAUGAGAAAUUAUCAAAGACAGAAAGAUCUGAAAAGACCGAGAAGUCUGAGAAGGCGAAGGACAGUAAGAAUGAAAAAGACAGGCAGAAGCACAAGCAUAAAAAAAGGGAUAAAAAGGAUAAACGGGAUAGCAGCAAAGAUAGGGACAAGAAAGAAAAACGCGACAGGAUAAAGUCCUCAACAGAGAAGCAAAAUAAUGUGCCUAAUGUUCCUGUAGCCAAUCCCUUUUCAGUACUGGAAAUGCCAGAAAGAGAUAGUAGCGAUUCAGCGCCAUCCAUAGAUGACGAUUCCUUCUCUGAAUCAAAAUUAGUGCCUAUGGUUAAGAAAGAAGUAGAAAAUUUAACGGUGUCUACACCGCCGACGGAACUGACGAAACCACUUUCACCUACAAUUCCUACAGACAUUAAGAAGGAUAAGGUAGAUCGAAACAAAAGGGACAGAUCUAAAGGGAGCAAAGGGGAGGAAAAAGAAAUCCGUAGAAGGAAACGACGGAGUGAUAGUAAAGGUGAUGACGACCAUGUGGUUAAAAGAGAAAAGGAUAGAGGUCAUUCGACGUCACCUCCUUUGGAGCCCGUCUCUUCGAGUCAAUCACCAGUCGUGGUGGAUCAGGAAACGGUUCAUAUGAAAGAUAAGGAGGAUCGUGGUGUUAUGGAACAAGUCGCCGAGAAGCGUAUCGAGGCGGAAGCGGAACAAGUGGCCCCUGAUUCAACGAAUAGUACUUUGGUUGAUUCAGACAUAGGAGAGCCGCCGGUGUUUUCGGAAGACUAUGUGUCACAGUUGAAAGACUUGCAACAAAAGAUAAUGACUUUGCAAGAUAAUCAAGAGCUACAGAGAGUUGUUCAGGUAAUCGCAGAAACCGGUCAAUAUGAGAUCACAAAAAAGACAUUCGAUUUUGAUCUGUGUGCUCUGGAUCGUAGAACGGUACAGCGUUUACAACAAUUCUUUGCAUCGUGACCGUCUGUAGCGUAAAUCAUGACACCUUUUAUUAUAAAUUAUUAUUAUUCUAUGUAUUAAGUCAUUAAGUUAUUUGAGCUUAUAAAAGAGAUUCCUCCAAAUUAAUAUAUAUAUGUAUAUAUUAUAUAUGUAUAUAUUAAUAUAUAUAUAUAUAUAUGUAUAUAUAUAUAUAUAUAUAUAUAUACAUAUACAUAUACGUAUAUAAAAACAAGUAAUGUACAAGACCCCAGGAGAAAUUUUGUAGAUACCGAUGUCCUCGGCAAAGAAGGGAGGAGUCUACUUCUGUCUGGGUAUACGAUUCAGAUUUUACAUACUUUCCUCUUAAUAUGCCAACUGUGUACUUUCAAUUGCAUUAACCCGGAAAACGUGCGUAAUUGAUCUAUGGAAAAGAAAAUGCUGUUUAUGAAUUGCAGAGAGAUAUGAUAUUGCUUAUAAUCCUAGUUUCUUUAUCGUUCACUGGAUCAGCUUAUUUUCUUACAUUUUUAUAUUUUCGCACUUGUUAUUUUUACAUUGUUUUAUAGACAUAUAAAUAAUACAUAAUUUGUGGAAAGGAUAGAUUAAGAAUCGUAUAUUGUUUUUUCGUGUAAUAUAGAGUAUUCACCGUUUCUUUCAAGAAUAUUAGAAUCUGCAAUGCAUCUUUAUUUGUGUAAAUGCAAUACAUACACGUAUAUGUAUAUACAUAUAUAUAUGUAUGCAUUAUAUACACAUGUAUAUGAUGUAUAUGAUAUGUAUAAUAUACAUAUAUUUGAUUUCUUGUAUGGUAAAGACAUAUAAAAGAUUAUGUUGACUUUAAUGAUGUUAAUGGGAAACAUUCAAAGAUUUCGUGCAUCAUAUUGCCUUUUACAUAGAUAUAUUCUUGAUAUCUUUCAGAGAAUUUAGCGUAGGUUUAUCUGUCUGAACCGAGGGUGAUUAUUAUAUUUAUUGAUAUUUUCAUAUGGAAUGUAAUUGAAGUAAGAAACGUAUGGAAGGAUCAUUUGAUAAUUUAUAUUUUAUGUUAAUGCUCGUUUAUAUAUUCCAUUAUUAUUAUUAUUAUUAUUAUUAUUAUUAUUAUUAUUAUUAUUAUUAUUAUUAUUAUCAUCAAUAUUACUAUCAUGUAAAAUAUAUUGAAGAAAUGAUGAGAUUUGUUUCAACAAGUCGUCACGAUCUUCUCAAUGAGAAAUAUUUGGCACGCAGUGAUAGUGCAUCCUAUGCAAUGUCUUAUUUUGUAUUCACUUCUACAAAGAAUUUUGUAAGUAUUAUUAAAGUGAAUUAGGUAUAAAUAAUAUCGAUACAUCACGUCAGAAAGAAAAGUUGGAAGCACCCUGACCAUAAACUUCGUUAUAAAUUUUUUUUACUACGCGUCAAUGUUUUAUCUUUGUGUUUGUCUCAUGAUCCAUUGGAGUUGCAUUUAAUUCGAGUGGAAAUCGAUAUUUCGUUUUAUGAAUAGAGCACGUAUCUCUGUCAUGUAUUUUCAUUUUAUUUAUGAUUUUUAUCAUGCAAAUUACAUCGAUAUAUGUAUAUCCGGUUUCUACUGUGUGAACGUUUGUAUAUUCAUCAGGAAAACUUUUCUUUAUUAUUUCAUAUUGUUAUUCUGCAUCAUCUGUAUAGAUUACAUUGUAUUUACCAUGUCAUUACAGAAUGGUGUUGCGUGCAAUUGAUAGCCCAAAUAGUCUAAUGUUUUUGAUAAUGUUAUCAAUAGGUAAUGAAGAUUGUAUAUUAGAUAAAUACUGUGGUAGUUUUUAUAGUUUUUGUAGUGCAUUAUUUAUUGUAUUAGGGAAAGAAAUAUCUUGAAUAUUGAUUAAACGAGGAAAUAUAUUUCGAUUCAUGUUAAUUGGCGCCAUACGUACCGAAGUGUUUUUUCUAUGUUCGUUUUUGCUCAGUUAUUUGGGCAAAUUUGCGUUGCCAAAACUUUAGUAACAUUAAUUGAUAUUAAUUGAUAAUAAUGUUACAGGAAGGUGAUCGCGAUGAAAGAGAUUCUAGACCAAUAACACGGUCUUAAGGCAAAUUGAACUGACUUAUCACUCAUGAAAUUACAAUAUCAUCUCUUUUUUCACAUCGUAUUAUAAUUUUAAACUGCAUUUUAUGCUUUUGAGCAGUCCUAUUUAUUUUAUUCGAAUUAUACUCAUCAAAUGGUAUGCUAUGAAUCAAAGAAAUUAUUUUAGUACCGGGCAUUAUUAGAAACAACAGGAUGGCUGCUACAUACUCUGAUGUUAUAUUCAGAUCAUCGGUACAUCGUUUACAUCGUUAUUAAUUGAAUAAUUUUAACUGAUCAUUCGAACCACAAAGUUUUAUAAAAUCCACUCUUUCUUAGCCGAAUAUUAAGAAUUUAAACGUUGUUUCUCUUCAUAGAAGAUAUUUUAUUCAAUCCCGUAUCAAUAAAGUUUCAAAAAGAAUAUUUGAGUGUCCUAAUGUUAAGUAAACGUCAUAAGAUACAUUUGUAUUCUAUCGUUUUAUCAUUGGGGCGAUAAGUAUAUCACAGUAUAAUGCGCAGUUUUAACAACGAGAAUAAUUGCGGCAGAAAGUUUAUCUUAGCGUAACUUUUGUAUCCUCAACAUAUUCAUUGUCUUUGAUUGUUACAGUUUUUUGAUACACAUUAUAUACAGUUAUAUAAUACCUGCGUUCUGGAUGUUUUUCUUGUUUUGUAGAAAUUAUUCAUGUUUUACAGAUGAGUUUGUAUAUUUUUGUUCGUUGCAUGCUUGAGUUUUAACUGAGUGCUAUGUUUCCGUGGGUGGUGUUAUACGUGUCCAAUUAGGUGUGUAUAUUUGUGAAAAUAAAAGUGAUCCCGAGUAUUCGCGGGCCAUUGAAAUAGACUAAUGUUGUAUAAAGAUUAUGCACAACUACGCGAGUCAACGUUUCUAGAUAAUUACCAAUUGUAAAUAGUAGAUAAGCAAAUGUGUGUAUGAUUAAUCAUGACUUUCGAGGAUAUAGUACAAGACAGCACUCCUGAAUUGAUAUGCCAUUCGGUGUACAUUUAUGCGUUCAUUGUACAUUUAAUAAGUACAUUGAUGACUAAUAAACAUCUUAUAUAACUGUGCCUCUAUAAAAAUAUGUCACGAUAAU